AUGUCGGAUUGGCAUUGGCGGAUAAUUACCUUGACAGCCGUACUCGUGCUUACCACUUGUUUUGUUUCUUAUCUUCGUGCCGAUGAUACCGUUCAAAAGUUGCCGUUUUGUAAUCCUCAUGCCGCUAAGGAUAUUCCAACUUUUAACGACUUGGUGAUAGUCAGCUCUCUUGAUGGAAAGCUUACAGCUUUCUCUACCGAAAAUGGAAUUAUAGUUUGGACUUUGGAAACACAACCAUUGUUGUCAUCAAAUUUACAUCAAGUUGAGCUAACAGCUGAUGGUAAAUGGGCUCGACUAGUGCCAUCUCUCCGUGGCACUUUGUAUAGCUUAAGUGGAGACUCCAUUGAACCGUUACCAUUUAAUGCUGAACAACUCCUCUCGGCAUCAUUCAAAUAUUCGGAUGAUUUAGUUAUUGCUGGCGCUCGAGAAACGCUAUGGGUGGGUGUAGACGCGCACACUGGCAAAAUUAUAUACGAAUGUAGUUCCAGUGGGUGUAACAGUGAACAAGAAACCGCGAGUGCCGGCCGCGAUAUAAUUGUAUUGAGACGACAUUCCAGCACAGUGAGAGCUUUGGAACCGAGAUCUGGUACCGAAAAAUGGAACUUCAGUGUGGCGGAACACCAGCUGGCGCUCAGCCGGCGCGAGUGCGCGGGCGGCGGCGGGGGCGCGCGCGCGGCCGCGGCGCUGGCGGUGGCGCUGCCCGAGGGCGUGGUCGCCGUGCGGCGGCCCGGCUCGCACGCGUUGCUAUGGCAACACAAGCUUGAAUCACCGGUGGCCGGUAUGUGGAGAUUGCAAGGUGGUUUGUUGGAAAAUAUGGACGUACUCUGGGAAGCGGCGCAGAGUAUAACGGACGCGAAUACUGCGACGUCGCCAUCUUUGUAUUUAGGAGUCCAUAACACACAGUUAUACAUACAAGAGAGUGUUCUGUACACGAAAAAACUAGAAACUUCGAUAUCAAUAAAACCAGUGCCAUGGAAGUUGAAGCAAGCGAGGCCUCUCUUAGAGAGUGACACGGCCCUUUCAUCUCCUGACCCGACUAAUUUAGCAAUUAUAACAUUACACGGGAAUACUGGCAAGACUGAAAACCUAGGCUUUUUCCUCUACCUCCAAGACACAUGUGACCAAGCAGUUCAAGUAUCUGAAGACACCAUUGAGGGACCGGACAUAGUCCUACCAAACAAUAGUGACGACCAGCCCAGCCACCACCAUGUACAUGUACACGUCUAUUCUCUAUGGUUUUGGUGGAAAGAGGUCCUAUUGAUAGCCGUAUCUUCCGCCAUUUUGAUGAAUUUAAUGUUUUGGCCAAGAUUUUUCGCGCCCAGAUUCAGAGCACCGACCCCUCUGCCAAUGAAUCAAGAAUAUAUAGUCGUUGAAAGGCAUUAUGAGAGACCGCCGUCUAUUAGUAAUGAAUAUUCUCAUGUGGCUCGAUAUGAGAAUGAGUUUACGACUUUGAGAUGUCUCGGUCGCGGAGGGUUCGGGGUGGUCUUUGAGGCAAGGAACAAUAUUGACCACCGAUCGUAUGCUGUGAAGAGGAUAACGCUGCCUAAACACGAGCGCGCGCGCGAGCGCGUGCUGCGCGAGGUGCGCGCGCUCGCCAUGCUGGAGCACGACCACAUCGUGCGCUACUUCAACUCCUGGCUGGAGGAGCCGCCGCCGCGCGGGCAGCGGGCGCGCGACCAGUACUGGAUCAGUCAAUUAGAAGGUGAAACGAUGCCAUCAGAAGAAUACACGUCGUACACCCCGGCGUCGCCCGCCGCCAAGUCUCCCACCAAGAAGAACAGUGUGAUGCUCAACGUGAACAAUCCCAUAGACGACUGUGUGGACGCUUUGGACUAUGAGAAGAGGCUGUCCGAGCCGAGACGACUUAGAUCGAGCAGCUGCAAUGAAUCUUUCAGUAUAAUAUUUGAUGAGGACGCCUCAAAGGAGCCCCGUUUAACCGGAACGCUUCGCAAUGAUGUCACAUCUCCGCCAAAAAUAACACCAAGUGCGGAUGAUUCCUUCAUAGUAUUUGCUAAUACAGCAGACCUAUCUGACAUGUCACAGGGGAAAAAAGAUAUGGCAAGCCAGGACACAUCCAAGCAUGUCACGUCAAGCCACGAUACAUCCAAACAUGUCACGUCUAGUCAUGACACGUCCAAGCGUGUCACGUCGUCUCGUGACAUUUCAAGUCAUGACGUAGCAAGGAAAGACAUGUCUAACAAAAUGUUGGAAAAGGUGAAAGAGUGUGACACUUUCAACGAAAACAAUAGCAGCAGUAAAAAGAAAAAGAAGGGCCACACGCGCCACUGGUCGUUGGACCUGGUGACGCGGCCGGCGCGCGGCGCGGGCGCGGGCGCGGUGUACCUGUACAUACAGAUGCAGCUGUGCCGGCGCGACAGCCUGCACGACUGGCUGCGCGCCAACCACACGUGGGAGGCGCGCUGCGACCAUGUGAAGACGCUAUUCAGUCAGAUAGUGUCAGCAGUAGAAUACGUACAUCUAAUGGGUCUCAUCCACAGAGACUUAAAGCCAAGCAAUAUAUUCUUCUCUCUCGACGGUAAAGUGAAGGUCGGCGACUUCGGCCUCGCCACCGCCAUGACGGACUCGCACUCGAGUGGAGAUACGAGCGCUAAUACUGACAUACAUACAAGACAUACCCAUAAAGUUGGCACAUUUCAAUAUAUGUCACCGGAGCAGAUCAAGUGUCGUCCAUAUAAUUAUAAAGUGGACAUCUAUUCCCUUGGUUUGAUACUCUUUGAAAUGCUAUACCCCUUCACCACUGAAGCGGAGAGGACAGCUUGUUUGUCCAAUGCUAAAAGCGGAAAAUACUCUGAAGAUUUUCAAAUGAAAUAUCCUAAUGAGACGGAGGUGCUGAAGCUGAUGCUGUCGGAGGAGCCGGCGCGGCGCCCCACCGCCGCCGGCGUGCGCGCGCGCGCGCCGCUCUACCAGGACACCGACGCCAGGUGGCACUUCACGCUGCCCACACUGAUAUCUGGC